CUCAGCUUAGCUCAGCCCACAGCCGUUGUUUCUUCUCCUCUCUCUUUCUGUUGCGGCGAGGAUUUGGAUUUGAAAUUUGUAAUUUAUUAUCUGAUUAAGGAAAACGUGCUCGAAAAGCGACGGUUUGCUUGCUUAAGAAGACCUCUAGCUGAGAUCGAGUUUGGUAAAUUAUAUAGCAAGAAAAAGUGGAGCAAAUAGGGGGGAGCAAAUUUGGGGUCUGGUAUGAGCAGCCUCAGAAAAAGUCUAGCAGCACAGAAAAGGAUCAGAUCAGCAGCAGCAGCAUGACAUGGCACUCAGAUGACGAUGAGGAAGAAGAGAGGGCAAUUCAGUCAGUUGCUCCCUCUUCUGCAACUUAUCCUCAACAUAAGAAUAAUAAUAAGAACAGUGAAAUAUCAUGCCCAUCUUGUGGCCACCCUAUAGAUAUUCAAGACCAGGCUGGAAUUCAUGAUUUGCCGGGACUACCAGCAGGGGUGAAAUUUGAUCCGACGGACCAAGAAAUUCUUCAACAUUUGGAGGCAAAAGUGCUCACUGAUACCAGAAAGCUUCAUCCACUCAUUGAUGAAUUCAUACCAACGCUUGAAGGAGAGAAUGGAAUUUGCUCUACCCACCCAGAAAAGCUACCAGGAGUGAACAAAGAAGGACAGAUCCGCCACUUCUUUCACCGACCCUCAAAGGCCUACACCACCGGAACUAGGAAGCGAAGGAAGGUUCACACCGAAGAAGAUGGAAGCGAGACGAGAUGGCACAAAACAGGCAAGACAAGGCCGGUCCUCACCAACGGAGCAGUCAAGGGUUUCAAAAAGAUCUUAGUCCUCUAUACCAACUACGGCAGGCAAAGGAAGCCCGAGAAGACGAAUUGGGUGAUGCACCAGUACCACCUUGGUAACAAUGAAGAAGAAAAAGAUGGGGAGCUAGUGCUAUCUAAGGUCUUUUACCAAACGCAACCUAGGCAAUGUGGUAUGGGCACUCCAGGCAUCAGAGAUGGUGGUCCUCCAUUGUUGAAUCCAUUUGAUAGUCAUCAUCAUAAAGGUCAUGUGAAUAUUCGAAGUGGGCAAGAUGGUAAUUCUCUUCCUCUUCCUCUUCCUCCAAAGAAAGCUGGUGUUGUGGAAUAUUACAAUCAUAACCAACCUGGUCCUUUCAUGAACUAUGAUCAUCCACAUCUGAUUCAAGGAGUCCAGAAUAGGGAUAUUCCAGCUCAACUAAUUCCUAACAUGGUUCUUCAAGGUGACGGGUCAUCGUUGUUUCGAUAUAAUACUGCAGAUACAAGCAAAGGAAAGCUAAUUGAGAGGAAAAUAUAGUCAUGGGUCUAUAUCAUGGCCAUGGAUAUAUGGAAAAGUUUUUAUAUUGAGGUAGCUUAGCUAGUUUAGGGCAGCAGUGACAUUAUACCUUCUUGCCAUUUAUACUCUUCCGUUUUGAAUUGGACAAUUUGAUUAUUGACUUGUUGCUGUACAAUAUUCAAAAAAUGACUUUCUUAUGAAAAAAAAUUAUGGAUUCAUUCAUUCAUAUGUUAA